UUCGAUACCUUCACUUUUCUUUUCUCCACAGCUGUGCUGUCGUUUCCAACAAACCCGUCUUUCGCUCAAGAAACAUUCUAAUCUAUUAUUUCCCUCUUUUCUUAUAAACUAUUCCAAACCCCUAAACACCGAGACAAAAUGAAGUUCUCCGCCGUUUUCACCACUCUCGUCGCCGUUGCCUCGGCCGCCCCCUCCCGGGACAUCUCCUCCUCGUCCAACAGCAAGGUUCAGAAGCGUGCCGCCGUGUUCGCGACGGCCAAGACCUUUGAUGAUCUGUCCAUCAGUGGCAAGAACGCCGGCACCGCAAAGAAGGACGCCCUCCAGAAGCUGAGCGGUCUGCCGACGGACCUGUCCACCGUCAACAAGGCGGAUCUGGCCUUCCUCAACAACGUCAACAAGAUUGCCAACCAAGCCGAACGCGGCGCGUACAAUGUGGAAAUCGCAAAGACGGCACCCGGCGAGGAUGCUCUGGCUCUUCAGCGCGCAAAGAUCCAGAACAAGGUCCUCAAGCUCACGGCCACCGUCAUGGGCCUACAAGCCCAGCAGGCGCAGGGCAAGAACGUGACGGCCAAGCUGGACGAGGAGACCAAGAAGCUCAACAAGAACAUUGCCGACGACGUCGCCAACACCGGCAAGCCCGCGACCGCCCUCAAGUUCAACGCCUCCACCGACAACCCGGCCGCCACCGAGGUGCCCAAGGAUGAUGCCCUUGGCACAAAGGCCGAUGAUGUGGUUGACCAGUCCAUCAAGGCCGCCGGAGGAAACGCUGGCGCCGCUGGGGCGAAGGGCACAGGUAAGAAGGGAACCAAGACGGCGAGCAAGGCUGUUGAGGUUGCCGAGGUUGCUGAUGAGGUUGCCGCUGGCGAGGAGGAUGAGGAGUGAAGCAAUUCACUUAUCUUACAGAGAGAGGAGGUCGGGGUUAAUGGAGCCGGCUAGGC